GCACAGACCUCUACUAGGUUGUUGCUGGCAGUUCUGGUGGCAGGACUGCGGUAGACGCGGCAACAAAAGCCAGCGCCUACACAACUUUACCAACUACCUAGGAAACCGUUGUUGCGGUAGAGAUUGUUCCAAUCUCUACUGCAGCUCGGAUCUUCCUAGUCUUUUUCAGACACUAACCUUCCCCCCCGUCCCCCUUUAUCAGACAAAACAUCUGAAGGUUCUUAGUCUCCACGCUCCCGGCCAAGUGUACCAUCCGACCUGGAUGGUUUAGUGGUCUGAGGAGCGAAUCUACAACAUGGGAGGAACCUGGAGGGAUUCAGCGCUUUUGCUGCUCGCCUUCGCCUCCGUGGUCUUGGCAGCACCCACCGAGGAGACUGCUGCAGAGGAGGGCAAGUCCUGUUUCUACAGGGGAGAGAAAUACGUCGAUGGUGUGACAUGGGUACCGGAUGAGAAGAACCCAUGUUUCAAGUGUGUGUGCAAAAAUGGCGAGCCUUUCUGUCAGUUUGAACAAGGAUGUGAGACCGAAUUUGCAUCUGCUGAGCUGAGGACAGCAGCUCUGGCCGAGGCCCUGGAAUCUUUAAAGGGUCCUGCUGGGCAAGAGGGAGAGAUGGGCUACAGAGGUCGCCAAGGUGACACUGGCGAUAUUGGACCAGAUGGCAUGAACGGAGUUCCCGGACCCCCGGGGUCUCCAGGUGUCAGUGACAUGAGCGCUGAUCAGGCCUACCAAACAUACUUCGCAAGAAACUAUGGUGGCAAGGCAGCACCCGCUUAUGGUCCUCAGUACCUCCAGGCCCAAGUGGGACCUAUGGGACCCCGUGGAACAGCAGGCCCACCUGGAUCAGCUGGACCUCAAGGUGUGGAGGGACCUCGUGGUGACCCUGGUGACCCCGGUCCACCUGGUCCCCCUGGGUCACGUGGUGAGCCCGGUACAUCUGGCCCACCAGGUCCAGAGGGAGACGCUGGGCGAAAUGGUGAACCAGGAGCACAAGGUCCACCUGGACCAAAGGGACCAGCCGGUGCCCCAGGAAUGCCCGGCCUGCCAGGUCAGAAGGGUCAUCAGGGCUUUGCUGGCUUUCCUGGAAAACGCGGAGAGCAAGGACCUGGUGGAGAAAUAGGAGAUACUGGACCCGCUGGACCAGCCGGCCCCGCCGGACCUCAGGGACCCCGGGGUGCACCUGGUGACCGUGGAGAAGAUGGACCCUCAGGUCUUGAUGGCCUUCGUGGAGUAGACGGUCUGCCUGGACAACCCGGUCCACCAGGUCCUGUGGGACCCUCAGGACCUCCCGGCAUUCCUGGUCAAAUAGGCCUGAAGGGAGAAGCUGGUGCUGCUGGACCUAAGGGUAGCCAGGGUCCUCAGGGUGCUCGUGGUGAGAACGGUAUGCCGGGUAUCACGGGAGAGGUGGGCUUGCCAGGACCCCCCGGUCUAUCCGGCUCUCCUGGAGAGCAGGGAGCCACUGGUGAUCCAGGCCCUGUUGGUCAGCCCGGUUAUCCCGGUGCCAGAGGAGAGCCUGGUCCCGUUGGAAGCCCAGGACCUUCUGGACCCAAGGGAUCCUCGGGUAUCCCUGGCCAAGACGGUUACAAAGGCACUGCCGGAGAGAAGGGACAGACUGGACCAGCUGGCGACCAGGGAAGUCCAGGUCCCCCAGGACCUCAAGGACGCCGAGGACAAGGCGGUGCUCCUGGACCACAGGGUCCUCCUGGAUCUCAGGGAGAGCGAGGUCUGCCAGGAGAUCGAGGUAUACCUGGUUCUGCAGGCGCACCUGGACCAAAGGGAGAGGACGGAGAACCCGGUGCUCGAGGACCACGAGGAGAAGCUGGAGCCACGGGCGAGACAGGAACGUCUGGACCACCAGGCCCACCUGGAGAAGUAGGCCCACCAGGUCUACCAGGUCCCGAUGGUAACAGCGGCAAACCUGGAGAGCCGGGUCCAAGCGGGACAAAUGGCCGACCAGGUGAGAUGGGACCACCAGGGCAGCCAGGACCUCAAGGAAUUCAAGGACCACAGGGUGUAUCUGGCGAGAGAGGACCCCCAGGGAAGGAUGGAACUCCUGGAACAACAGGCCCACGAGGCCCUCCUGGUGAUUCGGGAUCUACCGGUGAGCCUGGUCCACCUGGCCAGCGUGGUCCUGAGGGUGAAGCAGGUCCCAGAGGACCGCAAGGUUCAUCUGGACCUCCCGGACCUCAGGGCCCAAUAGGUCUUCCCGGAGCACAAGGAGAAGCUGGGCGAGACGGAGAGGCUGGUCCACCUGGCGAAGCUGGAGUUUCUGGUGCCCCUGGAUAUCGGGGAGAGCGAGGUCUGCCCGGUGACCGCGGCCCUCCAGGACCAGAAGGUGAGCCUGGACUGCCUGGUUCAGGAGGACCCGCUGGACCAGAUGGCAACAGAGGCUCCCCUGGCGAGAUUGGUGUUCAAGGAGAGCCUGGACCUCAAGGACCUAUUGGACCCAAUGGAGAACGUGGACCUCCAGGCCCACCAGGUGACAAAGGAGAAGCUGGAGAGGGAGGACCAACCGGACCAGAUGGUCUAACAGGUAGGCCAGGCCGACCCGGACCACGUGGUCAACCCGGUCCUGAGGGUCUUGCAGGCCCACCUGCAGCCAAAGGCUUCCCUGGAGAUGCUGGUCUGAGAGGACAGGCUGGCCCAGCUGGAUCACCUGGACCAAGAGGCGAGGCUGGACCGGAAGGAGAACAGGGCUACCCAGGCUUACCUGGCCAAGCUGGAUCCCCAGGUCCUAAGGGUCAGACUGGUCCAGCAGGCUCCAAGGGAGAGGCUGGAGAAGCAGGUUCCCCAGGAGAGUCCGGACGUACCGGCCCCACAGGACUUCCUGGAAUUCCCGGACGCAGAGGACCAUCUGGAGACCGUGGUGUUCAAGGUGUCCCUGGUGAGAUAGGUGCUCAGGGGCGACCUGGUCUUCAAGGCCCUACAGGCAGCGUUGGCGAUCCAGGACCUGCUGGUGCCGCGGGACCCGCAGGAAUUAAGGGAUCCAUGGGCGAGACAGGUCGACAGGGACGUCCUGGUCCAUCUGGAGCCCCAGGUGUGCCUGGUGUACCCGGCAACAAGGGCAGUCGCGGAGAAGACGGAAUACCCGGAUCCAGCGGCCCGAAUGGCCCACCCGGACCACAGGGUCAGCGCGGAGAGCCAGGAAUACCCGGCGUGCCUGGAGAAACGGGACCCCAAGGGUCUGUUGGUGCUACUGGUCGUCGCGGCUCACCUGGCAGACGAGGCAGCGAUGGAUUACCUGGUCCUCAGGGUGAAGCAGGAAUACCUGGUCCAAACGGUAACCCUGGAGCUCCCGGAAGCCCAGGCGCACGCGGCAACAACGGAGCACCAGGAGCUCAAGGCGCUGAGGGAGAACCAGGUAUUCCUGGAGAGCUAGGUCUGCCUGGAGCUCCUGGUCUUCCUGGACUGCAGGGUGCUGCUGGUCCUGCAGGACCUUCUGGACCUGCUGGAGAGCGUGGACCUAGGGGUGAAGUCGGCCCAGAUGGUCCACGAGGACCUGCCGGCGGAAGGGGAGGCCCCGGACCGCAAGGACCUAUCGGCGAGGCAGGAGCCAGAGGUGAGGACGGUGAACAAGGUGAUAAGGGUGACCCCGGCUAUGGAGGCUUGCCUGGUCUGCCUGGACCAGAGGGGCCACUCGGUGAACCUGGACGUCCGGGACCACGUGGUCCACCAGGCAGCCAGGGACCUGAUGGCCCCAGAGGUCAGCCCGGUCCAGAUGGAGAGCAAGGACCUGAGGGACCACAGGGUCCUCCCGGUCCACGAGGUUCCGCCGGUGAAGACGGCCGUAGGGGCGCAUCUGGUGAUAUUGGACUCGAGGGACCUCCAGGUCCACCAGGUCAGAACAUGUACCAAAGCGCUAUCACCGGCUGGUUCCAGGGAGGUUCAAAGGGACCCGAUCCUUACCUUGCCGAUGCUCCUGAAGAGGCACGUGACACCGUGAAGGCGCUGAAGGAAGUGGCCGAUGAGAUCGAGAAGCUUCGAAAGCCAACCGGCAAGCGUGACUCUCCUGCUCGCACGUGUCUGGAGCUUGCCAAGGCCGACCCCACUCUCAAGAGCGGGUUCUACUGGGUGGAUCCAAAUGCUGGAGGAGUCAGCGAUGCUAUUCGCGUCUUCUGCAAGAUGGAAGGAGAUAACACCGAGACAUGUCUGGAGCCACAGGAAGAGUUCUCCAACCAAAGAUGGAGCUCCGAGAAAAUUGACACCCAAGGCCGUUUGUGGUUUGCCGAAGCAUUUGCAGCAAACAAUGAGUUUGACUAUGGAAGCCACAAGUCCCAGAUCAAGUUCCUGCAGCAUCUGACCACAUUCGCCAGACAGCGCAUCGUUAUCAACUGCAAGAACACCGCAAUCAUCUUCGAUAACGAGGGCAACAACUACGACAAAGCCAUAUCUCUCGCAAGCUUCGACGAAGAGAACAUGAGUGUCCACAGCAAGAUGCCCUUCCGAUACCGAGUGAUGGAGGACGGCUGCAAGGAGAAGAACGGCCAAUGGGGUAGAGCUGUCAUCGAAAUACGAGGCAAAAAGGCACGCGCCCAGCGUGUACCCAUCAUGGACAUCGGUUUCCUUGACAACGGCGCGGACGCCGAGUUUGGCGUGAAAGUGGGUCGUGCGUGCUUCAGUUGAUCCCCUCAUCACCUUGUGAUUCGGACGAACUAAAAUUUUCUCUAGCCUUCAUUCGACAGAAACAAAAUUCAUGGAGCACGGAAAAAAAAGAAAGAAAGAAAAAAAGAAAACUUUGGCGAGACUAUAGUUCCAUCGUACGCUUUGUGCGUGUGCAUCAUCACUCAAGCAUCAACAUUGUUUUUGAUUUUUGAAAGAAAACUUUUUCUGACCCUUUGAAAUCUUUAUGUUUAUUGUAAGGCGGCGGCACAGUGUUAUGUUUCUCAUGCUUCUUCAAUCUUUUUAUGUGUUUUUGUGUUACUAACUUGUGUCUGUAAGGAUGGAGAUUGUUGGAAUUAACAGUUGUCUGUACAAAAUAAACUUGUGUUUAUUGUGAGCCCAUAUCAUUGAGGUUGUAUCUAGAUACACCGGCCCUAAAAAGUUUGAUGUUUUGUCAAGACUGGAUUUGGGGAUUCACAUUUUAAUGAUUAAAAAAAAAACAUCUCAACUCAUUUUUACUUUAUAUAAACUCCUUCUAUCUUUACACUAAUUCUUUCUCUCCAAAUGUUAUUAGUAUUAGCGCAGGUAAAAUCCAGAAAUGAAUUUUGGUACUGUACUGGUUUUUACCAAAGCUUAUCACUGCCAUUUAUGUGAAUGUUCGUGUUUUGUGUUACAAGCAGUGAACAGAUGUGUCUGGUUACAGGUGUUUAUUAAGCGCUUCGGACAAUUUGGAUGAAAAGGACAAAAAAUUGUUUUGAAACAUCGAUUUCUUUCAGAUCAUCUCAUCGAUCGUGUAAACAGAUUUACCCAGUACCACAAGGAUGUAAAUUUCCUUGAAACAUAAUGAGACCAUUGUAACAAUCGUGUAAAUACACUCAGGAGCUGUUGGGUGAUAGAAUAUUCCAUACGCCCUCUUCAGAAACUGGUCUUCAGGUUUAUCCGUCAUGUCUUUAAUUUUUAUGCAGAGAGAUAGCAAGUUUAUAUGGAAUUAAAAGAGAAGCAGGUACUGCGGAAAGUUACAA